UCUCAGUCUCGUCUUUGUUUCCUGUUUGUCAUAUCGCUUUUAUUACUUUCUUAACAAUUUCUUAGUGACUUCUUUCGUUCUUUUACUUUUUUCUUUCAUGGAUGUCAUGUUCUUUGGAAGCUCGUUUGGACCUCGAAUCUAAUGGCCUUUUAUGCUUCGUCCGGGUGAAAAAUUUAGUUCUUGAAUAAUAAGAAUGUGUCACAUGGCUGGGAUAUCAGGAUUUUAGAGAUGCUUAGGUGGGGCAUGGUCGACAAAAAGUUUGAGAAACACUGGCGUGGAGAAUCUAUUGUGUACGAAUUUAGGCUUUGUUUUCUCUCGUCCGCGUAUCUGGGAAUGGUUCUGCGCUUCUGCGUCAAAGACCUGCGAAAUAAUCGGUCAGAGAAAUUGCAAGGCACGCGUGGAAAAUUGAGCGUACGAAAGAAAGCAGAGGCAGCUAGCGAGGCUCUCGUGAGAGGUGCUACGGGCGUUAAUAGCUCGCUCUAUGGAGAUAGUACCCGCGACCUCCGCGAUUUCACCGCGUGUCACGUGAACCUACGCCGAGGAAAUCUUGAAGCCAACCAACCGCGGCAUCGUGGUACCGGCGCCGAUUCCUCCAGACGAUCGAUUCCUCCCGACCAUCUUCCGAGAGAGCAGCGCUGUUUCCAUCGCGAUUACUUUCGAGUUUCGACCGGACUGAAAUACCUUCGAUCUCUUCUCGUAAAUCGUAACCACCGCCAAUAUCUCGGUUAACUGCCUUAACCUCUCACGCUGGAAUGACGUGCCACGCACGUCGAGAAUA